CCGCUGGGGCACCAGGACGUCGUAUCCCAGGCGGUGGAUAUGGAUAAAUCCCCGCCUCGCGAAAUGGACGGGCGAGGCGAUUACUAUAGUUCAAGUUUCGGCAGGUUUUCGUCCGUAGCCAUUUUGGCUCAGGAGCCGACGGCCACGUUGUCCCCGCCCCCACCCGCCACCGCUGCCUCCGCGGUCCAUUGGAGCUCUUCAGCAUGGGCGUGCUCCAGGCCGCCACGAUCGCCGUCGCCGCGGCGCUCGUCCAGCUAGGCGUUGCUGCGCCAAGCUAUGCUGACCAGGCCACGGAGAUUGCCGACAUGAUGCGCGCCGCGCGCGCACCCAGCCAGGGCCCCGAGGCGCAGGGCGCGCGGCGCGGGCCCGCGGCCGCGCCCAAGGGCACGGCCUCCUCGGAGCUGUUCCCCAGCCUCGACAGCGAGCUUCUCGAGAAGGCGAACCGCAUCCAGCACGACCUGCGGCUGAUGGCCGAGCCGGCUUCGUCGGGCCACCCCAAGGCGGCGCUCGCGGUCAAGGCGGCCUCCAAGGACAAGGAGCAGUCCCGCCACGACCGGGCCGCCCGCUUCUUCGCGACGCACGGCAUGGAGGAGGUCGGGCGGAUGCUCGGGGACGAGAUGUCCGCCGAGGGCAGACGGCAGGCAUUGAGGCAGGCCGCAGAGUCGCAGCGCCUCGCCACGCCGGCGGGCCCAGCCCUGCGCCACAGCGCGCCUCCGGCGUCGGGCAGCGCUCACGACGGGGGCCUCAGCGUGCACGUGCUGGACGCCGACCUGGCGAUGGACGACGACGACGCGAGCUACAAGGCGAGCUGGAAGGCGGUCGAGGCGCUUCAGCGCCGCCGGCCUGCGGGGCUUCACUGAGCGCACGGGCGCGCCCGCGGACGGCCCUGUUCGCCCGCCGCGGGGCCAGGGGGCCUGCGUGGACGACGCGAAGGCAGAGAGCGAAAUGAGCAAACAAAAAAAACAGAAUGAAAAGUUUCGGUCGGUUUUCGUUUUUUUCGUUCGGG